AUGGCAGGACCUUAUGCAAGUUCAGGCUGGUCAGACCUCCCCAUGGAUCUCCUCAUCUGGAUACUGCAUCUCCUUGAGCUCCCCGAGGCCCUCACCUUCCGUGCUGUCUGCUCGUCUUGGCGUUCUGCAUCAGCGGCCGCAGGCGGUGUCCCAUAUCGCCAGACGCCGUGGCUCGUGUCCUUGGCGAACGAGACUCUUCCGGCAGGGGAUCAGCAUCCGCGUGUGCGUCGUGAGUUAUGUGAUCCUGCUGCUAAGACUGAGCUCCGCAGCCUCCUGGAUCCUGAUAGAACUUUUCAGGUCAGCUUACCCAGGGGACAGGCUGUGGCCUGCUGCGGCGCCUCCCAUGGCUGGUUAAUCAUGGCGAACGAGCUCUCGGAUCUCGUCCUCUACGACCCCUUCACGGCGACGUUGAUCCCGCUCCCACCAAUCACCGUUUUUGCGUCGUGCAUCGAGGGGGUCUACGGAGACGAAGGGAAGAUCGUGGGCUAUCGUUACGGGUGUUACACGAUAGGACGUGUUUAUGAUGUGCAGUCUCCCGGCGGGUAUUUCUACGACAAGGUUGUGCUGUCCGGUCCUCCGUCCACUUGUCGCGCCGUCGCUGUGGUCAUCCACCUGGACGGCAAGCGGCUCUCUUUUGCAAGAAUAGGAGACAACCAUUGGCAACAAGUUUCGGUGAUCCGAAUAAGUGGGGAUAGCUUUGCAGAUUGCAUCUACCACCGCGGAAGGUUCUAUGCGGUGACAAUGGAAGGGAUAUUGAAGUCAUGGGACUUUGGUGGACCAGACAAACCGAGGAAGAAGACGGUCAUCGCCGAGGAUGAUGAAGACAUGUUCGACGACCCAGUUAUCACUAGGUAUUUGCUUUCGACACCUUGGGGUCAUCUCCUGCAGGUGCGUGUCUUUCUUGACACGCUCCAGCGAAACAACGUCAGGAUUGAAAUAGACAGGUUGGACCUCAAGAGUCAGACAAGGUAG